AUGGAGUUUACCUCUGUGACAAUAUGUGCAAUAUGUGCAACAAUACGUUUAUUAGGUUUAUGGGCAUUCCCCUCCAUUGGAAAUCUACUCGACAAGAGUGUCGAGUUCUCUACACCAGUGACAUCAUAUAGGUCCUUAAAGGAGGCACUCGUGUUAGGCAUGGGAUCAUCGAAUACAAUCACAUUUAAUAAUGGAUAUUAUGACGGAGGUGUGGUACAUCAUCCACCAUUGUUGUUACAAGCAUUACAAGGAAUACCGAUUGCAUAUCAUGACUAUUUAUUUAUACUAUUUGAUUGCUUAAUCUUAUUGCAAUUUGUUAAAUUGACAGAACAAGUGAAAAGACAGAACAAAAUGUUUAUUAAUAUUCCAACAUGGUUACCAGCGUUAGUAUACGCAAUUAAUCCAUUGAGUUUAAUGAGUUGUUUGAGUAAAUCGUCAGUUAUAUUUACCAAUUGGUGUAUAAUAAAUGCCGUUGUCCAAGCGAUCAACGGUAACAUUCCAAUAACGGCCAUGUUUAUAUCUCUAUCCGGUUAUUUAUCAUUAUACCCUAUUCUUUUAAUAUUUCCGUUGAUUAAUUUAAUAAACUUGAAUUCAUCAAAUCCACAAAAAGUUAAUAAUACCAUCAGAUUGAUUCUUUAUACCAUUUAUUAUUGUGGUUUCUUAAUUUUUAUAUCAUAUAAAAUUAAUGGUAAUAAUUGGAAUUUCUUGAGAGCAAAUUAUAUGGUUUUAUUAAAUUUCGAGAUAGUUACACCAAAUCUUGGAAUAUGGUGGUAUUUCUUCAUCGAAAUGUUCACAGAAUUCAUUCCUUUUUUCAAAGGUACAUUUGGUUUAUUCCUUUUAUCAUUUGUAAUUCCAUUGGCCAUUAGAUUCUGUGCACAACCAUUUUGCGCUUCAAUUACCAUACUUGGAUGGUUAAUUCUGACAAAACCAUAUCCAGUCCUUGGCGACUAUGGUUUUUGGUUCUCAUUUUUAGCUUAUUUCGUACCAAUAGCCGGAUAUAUGCGUUAUAAAGUGUUUUCCAUGUUAUUAUUUAUCCAUGGGAUCAUGUUAUCUCCGAUCUUUUAUCACUUAUGGAUUGGUUCAGGUUCCGGUAACAGUAAUUUCUUCUAUGCGGUAUCGUUGGUCAAUGCUCUGGCAAUAGGUACCAUUCUAUCAGAUUUAAUCUGGGCCAUGUUGAGACAUGAGUACGAUGGGGAAACACCAAAUUAUGAAAUAAAACUUGCUCAAGUCUAA